AUGGCCAACGUCUCUCGCCAGCCCAUCUGCACCUUGGAGCCGAAGAUGCAGAACACGAUCGUCAUCGGCGUCAUCAUCCGGAGCCAAAACUCCAAGAUCAUCGAAUUGGCUCGCGAUAGAUUCAACGCUGGCACCAGAGCAGUGUGGAACUUUACUCUGAGGGACUCGUUCAACGACUUCAUCAAUGCGACCGUGUGGGGUACCGUUGAGUACGUCAACAAGCUAUUCACCACCUUCACAAUUGGCAGCGUCGUUGAAGUGAUCAAUGCUAAAGUAACAGAACGAAAGAUAAACGAUCCCAACGAGGUGUACGUGCCGUCGGUGACCAGCCCCUUUACACUGACUUUAAACCAGCAUUCAUCCUUGAUACAAAUGCACAACAGCCCGAACACCGCGCGAUACUUAAAAUUUCUUAACAUGCCUACCAAGGAUCCCGGAGGUGCCACCAAUUUGAAUCACAUCUUAAAUAACUCUGAAACUCUCAAAAAUGAGUAUGUCGAUGUGCUUGUUGCAGUUACUUUUGUGAGCCAGACGCGUGAAAUCGUCACUCGAAUGGGGGAAAUGACGAAAAUUCGUGAGUUUGAAGUCGGCGAUGAUACUACGGACCAGACGGUGUCGUUGACGCUCUGGGAAAGCGAGUGGAUCAGACUGGCUGACAAGUGGGAACCAAAACAGACAAUUUUAUUCUUGGCUGAUGUUCAAGUUGUCUUCAACGAGAAGGCCAAAAAGUCCAUAUUGACUAUAGUAAGAAAAACAAUCAUAACGGAAAAUCCAAUGCUGAAAGAGACCGAAGAACUCCGAUUUCAAUUUCAAAGAAAACCAGAUAUUAGAUCUACAUCUUUGUAUGCAGUACCUAACCCAAAUUCUAUAACGAAACAAAUGAUGAUAAUUGAAAUAACGAGUAGAUUAAACAACGCAUCAGUCUUGCCUUCAAAUGAUAGGAUGCAAUUGUUAGUAGUUGUCAGGGCUAUGGUGGACGACAUGAAUCUCGAUUGUGACGAUCCAACUUUGAUCAGUUAUCGAUGUGCAAAAUGUAAAAGGCUAGUUUCAGAUGAAAAAGAGUCCUGUAUGAAUCUGGAAUGUCCGUUUGGAAGUGGGAUAAAAUCUCCAAUAAAUAUAACUAGCAUAAAUGUUUUGGUCAAUCUUAAAGAUGACACUGGUUAUUUAGUCGGAUGUCGCUUGAGGGAUGCAGCCGCAGAAGAAGCAUUCUCCUGCAGUGCUGAUAUUAUGAGGAGCGAAUUUAAAAUAGUUUCUUCGACGUAUACAACGUGA